AUGGGUAAUUUCAAGGGCUUCUGUUGCCACGUGCAGGGGAUCAUGAAUCUCCUGGAGUGGCGACAGGGCGUCGCAGACCCAACCAUCAAAUCGCUCCUCGCCUCGUGGAUGCAAAUCCGGUAUGUGGUCUGGUGGGCGCGGGCCUACUUCAGCUCGGUAGAGGUUCAUCAGCAGUUGCCGGCCAUUCCGUUGCCCGUCUCACUCGUCAAGGAUCUACCACACACUCGGCACGGGCGCCGAGUCCUGGUCUUGGGCAUCAUGUGCGAGUCCCAUCGCCUGAACUUCAAUGCUGUGUUUCAGUAUUGCCGGGGUCAGAUAAACCCACAGAGAACCGGAGAAAGUUCAGCGACGUGCAUCUCGCGUCUCCGCCAACAGGCCGCAAAACUAGACGAGUGGCUCGCGUACCUCCCGCCCGCUGAGCAGCCCAUCUACGGCCCUAGUGACCCGACCGGCAGCCCGACCAUCCACUUCUCCUCUCAUGAUGCAGCACUGAACUACGCAUACCACGUCGUCGCGCGCAUCAUGCAAUGCAGUGAUUUUCUCACCCUCCUGCAGAACCCGCACUCAACCCUCCUUGACCACGAGCCCCAAGAGGAAGACGCAUGGGUCCAAACCCUUGUGCGUAUCGUCCAAGGAACCGACAUGCAAACCUCCCUCACGCGCAACAGCUACACCAUCGGAUUCACAGGCUUACUGUUGGCGGGCAUUCUGCGUUGUCGGAGUCUGUCGGUGGGGUUGGAGAUCGAGCAAUGGUUGCAGACGCUACUGGAUUUGCAGCCGACCGAGGAAGGCGCGUUCCCUGUGUACCAGACCCUCAGCGUGGUGCAAGCGAUCAACCGGCAGAGGGCGGUCGGGCGGGAUGUGUUUGCCGUGACGCAGCCGGUAGACGACGGCGGAGGGUCGCCCAAGGUCACGGCGUAUAAUAGUCAGUCGAUUAGUUGUCUUAUGUUCUAUGGGUAUUGCCGACAGAUGGGUG